GGCACCUAACCUCCCUGCCCCCCUCCCGAGCCGCCACCUUCCCCCCUUCCCUUUGCCUUUAUACUCGUCGAAGGAACUAAACUCCUACCUCCGUCCUGCCUCGAGCAAUCCCCUUCUCCCUCCUUGUGAUCUCCGGGUUCCCGUCUCAGAUUCCCAGGUUCGAUCUUGAUCCCCAGCUAUCCCCACCUGCCUCUGCCGUCCUCGAAUCCUUCGUCGCAGAGGCGCCGCUUUUACCUCUUCUUGCCGCGAUUUGAGAAGAAGGCUUUAUCGAUCCGAGCAAGUCUUCUUGGGCGGGAAGAAAGGAGCCAUGAUACCUGCUGUGAAGCUCUCUCCGGCCGCCUUCUCUGUCACCAAUCAACGGUCUAAAUCAGCUUUUGUUCCGUCGGUGUCCAUUCUCAACAUGAAAAAAUUUGCGUCCUGCUCCCUUAGACCACUCUACCUCACACGGCUAGAUGACCCACACACUUCCGAGCUGAAGCCUCGGAGGCAGCUGCUUGACUUCCGGUGUGCAGCUUCAGCGGCUGAUGACAAGGAGUCAAAGGCUGAGGUGGUGCCAGCCAGCUCAGAAGUAGCACAAAAGUUGAAGAUUUCAAUCUAUUUUGCGACUUGGUGGGCGCUUAAUGUGAUCUUUAACAUCUAUAACAAGAAGGUUCUCAAUGCUUUCCCGUAUCCCUGGCUCACCUCCACACUAUCCCUCGCCUGCGGCUCAGCGAUGAUGCUCUUCUCAUGGGUCACCUGCCUAGUUGAGGCCCCCAAGACUGACUUAGAUUUCUGGAAAGCACUUUUCCCGGUUGCUGUGGCUCAUACAAUUGGACAUGUUGCUGCCACAGUGAGCAUGUCAAAGGUGGCAGUGUCAUUCACACACAUUAUCAAGAGUGCUGAGCCUGCAUUCAGUGUUUUGGUGUCAAGGUUCAUUCUCGGAGAGUCAUUUCCGAUGCCUGUAUAUCUUUCUCUUCUCCCGAUCAUUGGUGGUUGUGGUCUAGCUGCUGCGACAGAGCUGAACUUUAAUAUGAUUGGAUUUAUGGGUGCCAUGAUAUCGAACCUUGCAUUUGUUUUCCGCAACAUCUUUUCGAAGCGGGGCAUGAAAGGGAAGUCUGUCAGUGGCAUGAAUUACUACGCUUGCCUUUCAAUUAUGUCCCUGGUCAUACUCACACCAUUUGCUAUUGCUAUGGAAGGCCCCCAAAUGUGGGCCGCUGGAUGGCAAAAGGCUCUUGCAGAUGUUGGCCCCAACGUUCUCUGGUGGAUUGGUGCACAGAGCGUUUUCUACCACCUGUAUAAUCAGGUGUCCUACAUGUCUUUGGACCAGAUUUCUCCAUUGACGUUUAGCAUUGGCAAUACAAUGAAGCGCAUAUCAGUUAUUGUUUCGUCAAUCAUUAUCUUCCGUACACCUGUCCGCCCUGUAAAUGCACUAGGAGCUGCCAUUGCCAUCUUUGGCACAUUCCUGUACUCUCAGGCAAAGCAGUGAGGUUUGAACUAUUGUUGAAGGUCAGGUUCAUGGACGAAGAAUGUCUGCAGAAAUAGUACCAAGCACUGGGGCAAAUUUUGCUUGUGCAAGUGUCUUGUUGAUACAGGUUUAGGUUUUCAUGCGAGAGGCGAUAAUAAUAAUGGACCAUGUUGCUGUUUCCUUGUUAUUUGUUAAAUCACAAACUGAACUCCAGUGGCCAUGAACUGUCGUUGUAUCCUGAAAUAAGAACUGCAUGGAAAUUCGUCUGACAGUUCCGUUGCUGGAAAGUAACGAUAGCCCUAUGCUUAACGGUUAAUUAUUGAUAUUUAAGAACUUUGUGUAUUUUGAAA